AUGAACAUUCAAGAUGAGGAGCAUCUAUCGGCGAUAUCGGAUUGUGUUCUUGAUUUGAGAGAGAACAAUGUUUUUGUUCCUACAGACAAGUCAUUGGGUACAGCGGAUAGUGGAAAAUACCAUAAAUUUCACAAGUCUGCAUAUCUUGUGGUAGAUACAAACUUCAUUUUAAGUCAUCUUGCCAUUCUGGAAGAUUUGGAAAACUUGUCGCAUGAUAAGUAUGCUGGAUGCUAUCAAAUAGUUAUCCCUAAACAAGUUAUUCAUGAACUAGAUGGCUUAAAGGACUCUGACAAGUCAGUUCUGACAUCACGUCACUCCAUAUCGAAACUUGCAAGAUCGGCAAUUGACUGGUGUUAUGCACACUUCCAUGAGUCGGUACCGACAGUCACGGGACAAAGAUUGCAUGAAAGGAUCGAUGUUGAUGCUACAAAGGACGAUUCAAUUCUGGAUUGUUGUCUAUAUUUCCAAAAUGUAGAAAAUGGUGGUGGGAAUUUUGUGGUUUUGAUGUCUGAUGACAAGAACUUGUGUGUCAAGGCGUUGGUCAAUAAUGUAUUAACGGUAAGUUAUAGAACAGGGAUGGAUGCUGAACUAAUUGCUUCAAAUAUCGUGAAUGAACUACAGCUGUUAAAUAGUGUGAUAGCUAAUGAACCGUGCAGUGAUCAGCACACGGGGCAGGGUGGCGAUAUGAUCGUGGAUGACGUUAAUAUGUAUACAGAGCUAUACCAGCAACAACAACAACAACAGCAGCAGCAGCAGCAAGAGUUGGACCGACAACAGCCGAAAAAGAUGGCAGAUGUUGACAGGGAAUCAACUUCAAAUUCGUUUUCUGACGUUUCCCUGCAAAUAUUUUCACAAGUGACAACUUUAGUUCUUGAAGCGAUCAAUUAUGCGAUCAACUCCACGUACGGUGACGAUGUCUACAUGAUUGAGUACGACGAAUCCAAGAUGAAAACUUUGCGAGAUGCAGGAAAAUGUAUCUUAAGACUUGGGUUCUCCACGUUUGCCGAUUUCUUUGAUCGCCGAAAUGUAUACAAUCCGAUGCAAAUCCUAAAAGAUAGAACGGAGUUCAGGAAAUUCACAAAUGUUCCCCCAUCAAAAAAAGAUUUGGAUGAAUUUGUUGAGUUCUGGAAACUUUUUCUGGAAGCCAUCUACAAAAGUCGUAAUGUUGAACAAAAGAACGCAUUGAAAGCUAUUGAAGACUACUGGGCUCGGAGUAUGCGUGGCAAUGAUUGA